GUGCAUCCCCGAAAAUCGCUAAUUUAUCCGCUGAAAAUUGGUGAAAACGGUCCAGAAGUAAACGUCCCGUUUAGGGACCUCCUCUGGCAAGUGAAAUUGUGUACAGUAGUGAUGUUCCGGCCGCGGCAUCAGUCCGCAAUCCAGGACAAUAGAAUUUAGGAAUUUUCCGUCGGAAUCGCAGCAAGCAACCUCUUUUUCUCCUUUAGUUUCUUUUCCUUUUUUUACUUUCUGUCACGUCGCGCUCGGUCGCCCCACUUUCGGCACCCAUCGACGGCUGGCUUUUUCAAACGUUCGCAAAGAAGGGAGCAGCUAAAGCAGCAGCAGGUUUUACGUGAAAAUUAGUGUAAAGGAGAAGAAUGAGUGAAAUAAAUACGUUUUGGCGUUUCUAUAUGCAAUUCUUCACUAUCACGACGUGAUUCUGGACGCUGAGAAAAUUCCUUGUCUGCGGGGGCAGACUAGCGUCAGAAAAGUGCAAUCUAUCGUGAAAAAAACUAAAGGGCUUUCAAUUGUAAUUAGUGUAUCGUAGUUAUAUUAUGUGAUGGAAAAACGAAAAUUCGAUGUUUGUGCAUUAAUUGAUUGAUAAAUACGCAUUUGUUUUUUGAUGCACCAAGUGGUUAAAGUGUGGAUUCGAUAGUGAAAUAGCUGGUGGCGAAGCAUACAAAACACUAACCCAUCAAAGCAAUCGAAGCAAUCAGCAGCAGCAGAAGGCAUAAUGAUUUUUCAUGCAACGGGAGUUUUGGCAAAGUUGCCAGUCGAAAUAAGAAGUAUUCCUUUGUUUUCAUACGAAUGCUGCACUUGUUGAUCAACUUGGUUCAAAUAACCUAAUUUAAUGAAUUGAUGUGUUGGAUAUUACUUUAAACAGAAUCAUGAUUUGCCAAGUAAAUCAGCAACAACAUCAGCAACAAAAGCAGACAGACUAAACGCAACUAGAGAUAAAUCAUCCAACUCGGCACUGACGAAUAGAAAAUAUAGACAUUGUGUUUUGCACUUGCGUUUCGCAGCACAAAUUCACAACAAAAAAGCGGCCAUAGAUUAGCUGGUACGAUCGUAGCAGCGUAGUUACUUUCAACGGUGAGCAAUGGGAGAUCGAGAUAUUCCGAGUGUUCCAAUUACCACCUUGGCUGGCCUCACCAGUCUAUCGGACCUGCUUAGCGAACUUCCUAUAUCGGAUUCUCUUGCUACCGGCUCAACCUCGCUGAACCGUUCGCUGUUGUUUCAUCCGCGUGUAGCCGAAGAAGCCAACAAUCUGCUGGCCACGCGAGACGACAAUCUCAUCGGGCAGCUGGCGAAUGCGAUCGAACAGACCAAUUCCGAUCACAUCGAACUGAAGGACCAGUAUGCGCAGCAGUCGCCCAGUAAACAGUUGCACCACGAGGGCGGUCCCCUGUUGCUGCAGGCGAUCCACACUUGCCGGCCGGAUGUGUUCAGCAGGCCGCAGACCCAUCAGCAGCAGAUGUUGGCUCAACAGCAGCAAAAAAUAAUAUCUACAUCACAAACCCAAGUUUAUAAUUUUCCAAGCGAACACUAUUCUUCCAUCCAAACACACCAUCAGCCGCUGCAGCAGCAACAGCAGGUUUAUAGCAACCAGCUUCUGCAAGUGCAACAACAACCGUCUAUGCAGCAGCAACAGCAAAUUGUAUACAGUCAGUCUCCAAUUACAAUCCAUCAUCCCAACCAUCCGCCAGUAGUAGUACAGCAGCAAUUGCAGCAACAGUCACAACCGCAACAUCAAAUAGUACAUCUGAGUCAACCUGCUCCCACCAAUCUUUCCUUUCAACAGCAGCAGCAGCAGCAACAGCAACCACCGCAACAACUGCCAUCCCCACAAAAAGUCAUCAUUCGGCAGCAAGUUAUUAACGUUCAAAAUAUUCCUUACUCCAAUCCUUCAGAAAAUCAUCAGCUUCAACAACAGCAACAGCAGCAGCAGCAACUCUUCCAAUUGCAACAACAGCAACAAAUACAUCAGCAGCAACAACAGAAUCAAAACGUUAUUGUGACGCACCAGUCCGUGAUCCAAAAUCAACAACAACCACAGCUCCAUAUUCAGCUUCCAUCACAACAGCAACGUGCCGCUGCUGUCGAUUCACAUCGGACAGUCAUUCAGCAGACGCAACAGCCCAUUUUGGCAGACAGCACUCCCCCGAAUGCGCUUCUAGGAGCUAUGUCUGCUAGGCAAGGGGCUAUCCAGCAACAACAACAGGUGCAACAACAAAUAUCCAAUCAUGUACCCUACCAACAGAACCAACAGCAACAGCUGCCACAGCAGGUUGCGAAUCAACAUCAGUUAAUAGUUCCGCAACAGCCGCAACAAAAUGUGAUACAUAAAAACAGUAAUUUACACAGUGCCUCACCCAAUCAGCACCAUCCGCAGCAACAUUUGGCCAAUAAUCUGCCGCAGCAGCCGCAGCAGCAGCAGCAUUACCUAACAACGGUAGCGAAACAACAAUCUCAUCUAGCUGGAAAUGAGCAAUCUCAACUGAAAAAUGGCAGCAGUACCUUACACAACCAUCAAUAUCCUCAAGGACAGCCUCCGCCUCCGCAGCAGCAGCAGCAGCAUCCAAAUCACCUUAUCAAAACGCCCGAAGCAGCACCUCGAAACAGCGAGUAUUUGCAGCAACAGCAGAGUAAAAAUCUAGACUCCCGGGGACGGCCUUCCCCUGCGCAGGGCACAACGGCACCGGAAACCGACCCAACACAAACUAGUUUGCACAAACCGCAGGACAACCAGCAAACGCAAGCCGUCACUCCCGGUAUGGGUUCGAUGCAGCGAACAAAUCAACAGACAACAGUUUUAAACAGGCCGCGACCAGCCACUCUAGGGGCUCCGGCGACUCCUGCCAUUCCAGCGACCGCGGGCAUGCGACCGAUUACCGUUGCCGGAGUGCUGCAUCGUGUGGGGAACACCAACGUUCCGCCAAAACCGGUCCAGGCACCAAUCACAUCGAUCGGUGUGUCUGGAGCGCUGAUGAGGGCGCCAACAACUACCAACGCUCCUACGACACCCGCACUGUCUCAACUUUCUCAGGUGCAACCCCAGCAACAGCAGCCUGCACCCUCGCCAGUUCCAUCGGUUAAGAAACCGGAGAGAGUAAACCUAAAGAAACUCUGUCGAAUGAUGACCAUGACUGAGGCGGGCAGUAUAAGCCUAAAAAAAUGCUCGAUCCGUAUGGAUCGGCUCGACGAGCAACACUUGGCGCUUAUGCAGGAAGACUUGAAAAAGUUUUCCGUCGCUGAACCAAAACUGGCGAUGCGGCUGGGCCUUGUUAAAAAGAGUAAUGAAAUGAUAUUUAGCAAAAUGAAGGAAGAUGAACGGAGGUACAGCGGCUUGUUGGCGAAAAGACGAGCGCAAAACGACAACACCGAUCCAGAGAAUAUGUUUAGUAAACCCAAGCUGAGGAGGGUCGAACGAUCGGUGGCUCCAGUGGUGAAGAAAAUGUCCAAGGAAGAACUGAUGAACACAAACACCUACCAGAGAUUUAUGUCGAUUAUGGGAAAAAUCUUCGAUCAGCUAGACGAAACGGAAGCACCUAGUUUGGACGAUGCAGAUGAGCCACUGGAUUGCAUCCCCACUAGCAUGCUUAGUAACAUUGGCGCGGAAGCGGCGAAGUUGAAAGCUCGAAACGCAAUCGAAGCGAUACCGGAGAACAAACUGCAGCUGCUAAUAACGUACGCCAUGCGAUCGAUCCAAUCGGCGAAGAAUCUCAGCGGUACGGAACUGCAGGAUGACUUAAUCGGAGACGAGUGCAUAGAGAAGAUUCUGAACGCCAUGGAAGCGGCAUUGUUGAUUUGCUCCAUAUACACUUGCAAAAGUACCAAGUUUCUGCAGGAGGACAACAUCGAUGCAAUAAUCAAAUUCGUGCAGUUUCAACUGCGAGAAACAGUAUUUCCUUCGUACGAUCCGGUUUACUCGGUCGAAACGAAGAAAAAGGUUGACGGAAAAAAGGCGAAAAAGAUACCAAGCUAUCAGCAGAAAGGCCUAUCGAUUCUCUACACAAAAAUUGUCGAAUUAGGCAAGCUACUGGUGACAAUGUUCGAGAAGUUUCAUUUCGUGGAUACGAUUGUAAUCCACGCUUCGGCUCUCGGGGUUGAACCGUUCUUCGUGGAUAACAUCGAAACGCUUCAGUUCGUUUGUCUCGAUCUGGUAACAUCGAUCUUUCAGAACGAAAAGUAUUCACACCACCGGCGAAAUAUUGUCGCGGACAUUCUUUCGUCGAUUGACCGGCUUCCGCACUCGAAACGGAAUCUCCGUCCGUACAAACUGGUCAACAACGCGGGCAAUAUUCAAAUGAUGACCGCACUAGUGCUGCAGCUUAUUCAGUGCGCAGUGGUUUUACCCGAAUCGCUGGGUGAUAGAAACCCGAAGAAACUAAAUAACGAUGCCGUGGUUAACAGUAGCAAUCCAAAGUCGGCUGAUCUUUUCAUCAUCGGGAAGUAUGACACGGCACUGAGCAUUGGAGGUAAUUUUUUGGCCACCUUUCUGGACAAGUGUAAAAGCAGGUCGAGCGAAACCGACUUUCGUCCUUUGUUCGAAAAUUUUAUCCACGACCUGCUGACAACCGUUAACAAACCGGAAUGGCCGGCAUCGGAACUGCUGCUGAGUUUACUAGGGACGAUGUUGGUGAAAAAGAUGUCAGAUAAAGGUGUGGAGCAAUCUAUUCGAGUGGUUUCUCUCGAAUAUCUUGGAAUCGUAGCGGCUCGCUUACGGAAGGAUACCGUUGAAUCUCGGUGUAAAGUGCGAACGAUGGACUCACUCAUUAAGUACAUUAAAAUAGAACAAGAGAAGGAGGGUGAUGAGUAUCAGAAGAAUUCCAAAUUUCAACUGAACGAGGAAGAGGAAAGGACUGAGUUUUUGCAGAAGAUUCUGCUGGAUUUUUUAGCUGCCAACGCCCAGGAAGGAAACAUCGUGUGGAACCAUGCGCGGCACUUCUACAUCACCCAAUGGUACCGUGAUAUCAUUCAGCGAAAAAAGUGCAUUGCUGACGGGGAGAAAGGCUACGCAUCGCGCAAGAAGCAAGCGAAAAAGCGUAAAAAAUAUCACAGUGAGUCGGACAACUCCGAUGGGGGAAACGAUUCAGACCUCGAGGAAGUCAAGCCAGGCAUUGAUCAGGAGCUGAAUAGUGAGAUUUUCCGCAUGCUGGACACUCGGAAGACAAAUUAUUUGCUUCAGAUCUGUCCGUUUGGAGGCAGUGGAACAAACGCUGCCGCAGCAAGCGAAAUUAAAACCUAUAUCGAUUACAGUAACGCAAACUUGAUCGCCCAGUACCUGGCUAGCAAGCGUUCGUUUUCACAAAGCUUCGACAAAUACCUGCAGAAAAUUAUCCUCGUCGUGCGUGAACCCGUUGUUGCGAUACGAACACGAGCCAUGAAAUGUCUCGGCAACAUCGUCGAAGUGGACCAGAUGGUACUCGCCCGAAAGGACAUGCAGAUGGGGGUCCAUCAGAAGCUGCUCGACACUGCCAUCUCGGUGCGCGAAGCCGCUGUCGAUCUGGUGGGGAAGUACAUACUCUCCGAUCCGGAUCUGAUUGAUCAGUAUUAUGAGAUGAUUUCGCAGCGAAUAUUGGAUACGGGUGUCUCCGUAAGAAAACGGGUAAUCAAAAUUCUUCGUGACAUCUGCAUCGAAUAUCCGGAGCAGGAUAAGAUUCCGGACAUUUGCGUGAAGAUGAUUCGACGAGUUAACGACGAAGAGGGAAUCCAAAAGCUAGUGAUGGACGUCUUUAUGACGAUGUGGUUUACGCCGUGCAAUGCUAAUGAUAAGGGAGCUAUGGAUAGAAAAAUUACGCAAAUAAUCGAUGUUGUAUGCUCUUCCCAUGAGACUGGAACUCAAGGUUUUGAUGCACUGCUGAAAUCGAUUUUUGAACCAAAAGAGAAUAAGGAGGAUGCAAAAGCCAAAAAAGAGAUCCCCAAAACGCUAAUUAAAGCCUGCCAGCAGAUCGUAGACGGACUGGUGGAUGCUACCAUGAAACUGGAAAGCUCGGAGAACAAGAAGCUGGUCGGUUGCAUCACGGCGUUGCAUCUGUUCUCGAAGAUUCAACCACAGCUGCUGGUAAACCACGCGAUGACACUGGAACCGUAUCUCAACAUACGCUGCCAGAACGCUAUCAACUAUAAGUUUAUCAGCAGUGUAGCGGAGAUUCUAGAGCAGGUGGUUCCUCUUAUGGAACAUCCUAGCGAUAUUUUCCUGGCAGAUCUGGAGUCACAUCUGAUGAUGCUGAUUGUGACGCAAAGCCAAGCGGUCGUGCUGAGUUGCGUGUCCUGUCUUUCGGCGGUUGUAAACAGGAUUACCAAGAACUACGCCCUGAUACGAGACUGUUUUUCCAAAUUUUACUACAAGGGCUUAGUAUCCAGUAAGGACAAAUUGAUCAGCGAUCCGUCAAUACCCAUAGAACAAUUGUACAGGCCUCAGUUUCGGCGCAGUAUUUAUACGGUUGGAUUGAUUAUGCGGUAUUUCGAUUUCAAGCAACCGGAAGUGUACGGUGGUGCAGAGGACGCGCAUGGUACGCUACCGGCUACCAUUUGCGAUGAGGUUUACAAUACGCUGGCAUUUUUUCUGUCGUGUAGCCACAGUGAAAUUUGCAAGGAAACGCUACUAUCGAUGGGCAAUUUUUGCGUGAAAAAUUACGAAUAUUUGACCAAGCCAGAACUUAGAGAUUACUAUAACUAUCUGCUGACGCAGGAAACGGUGCUGACGGAGAUGAAAAUUAACGUACUGAAAAACAUCCUGAUGUAUCUGACGGAAGAGGAAAAUAAGAUGGUUCGGAAUGAUAAAGAAUGGGCAAAGCAAGCGGAAAGCGAAGACUUGAAGGAAAUGGGUGAUGUUUCUUCCGGCAUGGCAAGCAGGGUAAUACAGAUAUAUCUGAAGGAAAUUUUGCGGAGUUUCCUGCACCGCGAUACCGGUGUGCGGAUGUGGGCAAUGCGUGUGGUUGAAAUUGUGCUGCGGCAAGGUCUGGUUCAUCCAGUACAAAUAGUUCCUUAUUUAAUAUGUCUAAGUACGGACCCGGAGAAGGAGGUUGCACAUAGUGCAGAUCGUCAUCUCCAGGAGAUUGACAAGCAGUAUCCAGGCUUUGUAAAUAUGAAAUCUCACGCCGGUAUGCAGUAUUCGUAUGAAUUGCAAGUUUUGCUGCAAACGAAUGAACACAAUAGUAUAGUUAGAGGUUUUAGAAUCAAAGACCCUCAGGAGCCACCGACUGCGCUAAACGGUUUCUUAUAUACUUUGCUGCGAAACACCAAACCUCAACGGCGAGCGCUAGUCCAAUCGAUCACGAAACAAUUUGACGAUGGCAAAAUCUCGCUGAAACAGAUGCUGUAUCUGGCGGACAAUUUGGCAUAUUUUCCCUACGUAGUGCAGGAUGAACCGCUGUAUAUUAUCCAUCAUAUUGAUGUGCUGAUUUCCGUUACUGGCACCAACUUGCUAGCCUCGUUUCGAGAAGGACUAAAACCUCCGCCUGGAGCGGAAAAUAGUACCGAACAGCCCCCCAAUCCUCUGGAGGAUGACGACGAUGAUGAUCAGGACGUGAUUCUCAGUCGGUUACCGGAAGACACGACCGAGUUGCAGAACUGCAUCACCUCGGCACAGGGAUGUAUGCUUUUGCUAAUACUCAAGCAGCAUUUAAAAGAUAUCUACGGUAUCACAGAUUGUAAAAUAUCCCGAUACUCACCUUCGGAAGCGGGUAAAAUCUAUGACAAAACAAUGCAGCGGCGAUCGAAUUCGUUAUUCGAUCCUAAGGCUACCAUUGCUUUACUCAACGAAAAACGGUCUACGGAGGAUGUCCAGGAGGAGAAAUAUAGGAUCCAGUUGGUGCAGCGGUACCUGGAUUUCAAGCAAUUGAUGCUGCGGCUCGAUCCGGAUGAUCCGGAACUGUUGGACGAGGACGAUCGGCUUCCAGCGAAGGGUUCCGAACCCAAUUCAGCCACAAACAGUCCCGUUAAACAAGCCGGCGCUAGCGGCGAUGCAUCCGCAGGUACCACCAAUCAUAACAGUACCGCUGGGAAUACUACCAACGCCGCUCCGAGCGGUCUUGUCAAUAACGUACAUAACACCAGCAGUAGCAGCACACCGGCGGUCACGAACAAAACGCCAAAACCUACAGCACGAUCGGGAGGUGCAACGAAUGCUUCCUCGAACGCACGCAAAGUAUUGCCAUCGCGGAGUGCGCGCAAAAAGCGACGAAAAGUGUCCACCUCCGAGGAGGAGGAAAGUGAUGCUAGUGAUAUGGAUUACGAUUAAGCACGCCCGGUAACCGUCGCAUGUUCUUGAAAACAGUUGGGUCGAGUCACACAAGUCAGUUUUUCGAUGCCAAUUUACAGCAAAGUAACAAACGGUAAAAUAUGAUACAAAAAGUCACUGUGAAUGCACAUUUAAUAUGCUUCGGGUCCGUUAGUUGACUAGAGGACCAUGAGAGACCCGAGUUAUGUUAAUAUGUUUCUGUAGUUCUCCCCUGUAGUAUUUUCCCCACCAACACGAACUGUGUUAGGAUGUUUGAUCAAACUUCUCAAGUUACCCCACUAGAUGUAGAGGAUUCAAACCACGCAAUUUGUUUAUAGUUUUGAGAGUCAAAAAAAACAACAAGAGAGAAAUGAGAUAAUAGGAUACAUUUUGGAACAAACCAUUUUUCGAUACCAGUAUAUUUAACAUUAAUAUAAUAUUCACUAUGGGAAAGAACUGUGAGAAUAUGUAAAUGUGGGCACGGCGAUGUGAGACAACUUUUACACACGACUGAGUUCGUAUUCAAUCGAAAUAUUACACAGAAAAAGAUAUUAUAAUAUAUGUAGAAAGGGUUUUGUGCGUUUGGAAGAGAAAAAAAAGAAGACUUACACGAAUCGUUGCAUAGUUGUCUGUUUUGCAGCGAACGCAGAAGGCAGAACGCUAAUCCUAGCUUUGAAAAUGAAACGCCGUUUUCUGUUCUUUGCGGGAGGAGACACACAGAUUUUCACGAGAUAUAUUUAAUUAGCUCGCCCCAUAAGACGUGCGAAAUAAUGCGAUUCAAAUUGAGUGUAAAACAAAAACAUAAGCACAGCAGUAGUGACCAAUACGCAAACCCGCAAUGAACAAAAGGUUUGAUGAGAGUAUUUCAUGGAUUGGUAAAAUAUAAUUAUGAACAUAGCGGAUGAGCGUAGGCGUAGUAUACGGUAUCAUUCAUGGAACUACGAAUAAUUGUAUAAACCAUGUAGCGUCAAGUAGAGGAGAUGCAAAUAAACAAAAAAAAGCGCAUCCAACACACAAUGUAUAAACGGUUUUAUCUUAAGGCGUAGGUUUUAGAUGAAAACCAUAACCAGGAAAAUUGCGGUAUAAUAAUGAACGGAGUUCAUUGAACAUGAGCGAGAAAUCAUUAGUUUACGUCAGCCUCCGACAGUCUAUGACGAAGGAUGCUAAUUGUGUGCUUGCGUUUGUACAUUUCUGUAAAUAUAGAAUAAUCAUUUCCCUAUUUUCGUGUCAAGGCAGUGUGAGAAAUUUAGAAAUUGGAAUAAUCGAAAGGGCAACACUUUCGUUUUCGGGUAAGAAAAAAUAAUAAUCCAGAGCAAAUGAGAAUAAAAGGCAGAGACUUUAUUUAAAGUGUUUUUAGAUAAAUUAUUUAUAAAAAAAGAAAUAAAAAAACAAUAAAAACUGAAAUCCAGAUGAAUUUGUAAUUUAAAAUUAGGUGUUAAGGUAAAACGAAACAACACAAGUUUAAAGAGUAAAAAAAAACACAUGUUCGAAGAUGCAUAAUCGAAGGAUCUUUUUUUUUUGUUUUUUAAUAUAAUUUAAAUCAAAGUCAAA